CGAUACACAAGCUACUAACUAAAAAAAAAUGGCACGAUUCUUCGUCGAACAAGGAGUCGAGAGUUCGAGGGGAGAUCAGGUCGCAGUGAUUGUUGGCGUCCUGAUCACCGUACUCGGCAUUCUCUACGGAGCCUACAGGUGUUUCGUCUGGGUGAGGAGCACCUGCUUCUCAGGCGCUCCCACCCAGCAACUCCCUCCAGCUGCUCCGGAGUUGGAGAUGGAGCCGGUUUCUGCCGUUGUGCAGCCUGUCUCUCCUGACACGCUCGCGGCACUCCCCGUGAGGGAGUUUUCCCCUGACUGCGGCGAGCAGAUCACCGACUGCGGGAUAUGUCUCGAGCAGUACACUGUUGGGGACCGCUUCUGGGAGCUGCCCUGUUGCAGCCACCACUUCCACGUCGCCUGUGUGGGAAUGUGGUUUCAGGGGCAGCAGACGUGCCCUUUCUGUCAUCGGACUGUUCGAGCCGACGAACACGGUAUCGGCGGGAAUAAAUUAAGUGGAAUCAAUGUUAUGAAAGUUUGGAUUUUCUUGAUGCCAAUGUCUGAAACGAGAUAAUGUGGAAUGUAUCAUAGACAUGGUCAAUUUUGGGGUGGCUGGUCAAGGCCGUUUCUUGUUGCUCUUGGGAUAUGUCCUUUUACAUGAGCCCUUCUAGUGUGCUCUAUAGCACCCAUGCUAUAAAAAACAAAAAAAAAAAGGUGACCUGUUGAGGAGGUAACCCACUAAAUGACUGGUCCCACAUCAUUAAUGGCAAUCUUGUAAAUAAUGAAUCAAUGUAUACAAGUGUAGGUACAAAUUAGAGUUGUACCAUAUAGUAUAGGUUCAAGUUUCAGCUGUACCAUUGAAGAAUUUGUUUCACAAAGUGUAGGUACAACUUAAAGUUGUACCAUUAGUAUAGGUACAAUUUUUAGUUGUACCAUAAAGGGAUUUGUUAGAAAGUGUAGGUACAACUUAAAGUUGUACCAUAGUAUAGGUACAAGUUCGGGUUGUACCAUAAAAGAAUUUUGAAAAAGUGUAGGUACAACUUAAGGUUGUACCAUUAGUAUAGGUACAAUUUUGAGUUGUACCAUAAAGGGAUUUGUUAGAAAGUGUAGGUACAACUUAAAGUUGUACCAUGGUAUAGGUACAAGUUUGGGUUGUACCAUAGAAGAAUUUUUAGGAAGUGUAGGUACAGCUUAAAGUUGUACCAUAGUAUAGGUACAAGUUUAGGUUGUACCAUAGAAGGAUUUUGAGAAAGUGUAGGUACAACUUAAGGUUGUACCAUUAGUAUAGGUACAAAUUUGAGUUGUACCAUAAAGAGAUUUAUUAGAAAGUGUAGGUACAAUUUAAAGUUGUACCAUUAGUAUAGGUACAAUUUUGAGUUGUACCAUAAAGGGAUUUGUUAGAAAGUGUAGGUACAACUUAAAGUUGUACCAUGGUAUAGGUACAAGUUUGGGUUGUACCAUAAAAGAAUUUUGAGAAAGUGUAGGUACAACAUAAGGUUGUACCGUUAGUAUAGGUACAAUUUUUAGUUGUACCAUAAAGGGAUUUGUUAGAAAGUGUAGGUACAACUUAAGGUUGUACCAUUAGUAUAGGUACAAUUUUUAGUUGUACCAUAAAGAGAUUUGUUAGAAAGUGUAGGUACAACUUAAAGUUGUACCAUGGUAUAGGUACAAGUUUGGGUUGUACCAUAGCUGGAUUUGGAGAAAGUGUAGGUACAACUUAAGGUUGUACCAUUAGUAUAGGUACAAUUUUGGGUUGUACCAUAAAGGGAUUUAUUAGAAAGUGUAGGUACAACUUAAAGUUGUACCAUAGUAUAAGUACAAGUUUGGGUUGUACCAUAGAAGGAUUUUUAGAAAGUGUAGGUACAAAUUAAAGUUGUACCAUUCGUAUAGGUACAAGUUUGGGUUGUACCAUAAAAGGAUUUAUUAGAAAGUGUAGGUACAACUUAAGGUUGUACCAUUAGUAUAGGUACAAUUUUUAGUUGUACCAUAAAGGGAUUUGUUAGAAAGUGUAGGUACAACUUAAAGUUGUACCAUGGUAUAGGUACAAGUUUGGGUUGUACCAUAAAAGUUGUACCAUUAGUAUAGGUACAAUUUUGGGUUGUACCAUAAAGGGAUUUAUUAAAUUUCCUGGGAUAGUGAGAACUGCUCUUUGCAUCUCACGGGACAUCUCACGGCCGUGAUAUUUGCCUGAGGAAUGAAGCACUGGUUUUUAC